CGUUUACCUUGGUUCUUCUUUUCUUCUUCGUCUUAUAGAUAUAUUUGCGGGAGGGAAAUAAUGAAAAUCAAAGCUCUUUCACGAUCCACUGCCUCGCAGCAGGCGCCGGGGUCUGCUGUAGCUCGACAACCACGAAAUCUUGACCCGGCUCAACAUCCAUUCGAACGUGCGCGCGAAUAUACGAGAGCCCUCAAUGCUGUAAAAUUGGAGCGUCUCUUUGCUGCGCCUUUCCUAGGUCAGAUGGGAGAGGGCCAUGUUGAUGGUGUCUACACGAUGGCGAAGGACCCUGGCUCUUUAGAACGAUUUGCUAGCGGCAGUGGUGAUGGUGUAGUGAAAGUUUGGGACCUUGUAACACAAGGCGAGGUAUGGAACAACACGGCGCACGAGAACAUCGUCAAGGGCGUAUGCUGGACGCCGGAUCGAAAAUUGCUGUCGUGUGCGGCCGAUAAGACCAUCAAGCUGUUCGACCCAUAUAAUUCCUCGUCCGAAUCUCCCCCGCUUGCAACGUAUCUCGGCCAAGGCGCCUUCACGAGCCUUACGCAUCAUCGUGACCAGCCAUUCUUCGCUGCCUCGUCUUCUCAGAUCUCCAUCUACGAUCUCUCACGUCCCUCUUCCACGCCCUCUCAAACACUUCACUGGCCUACAAGUGUUGACACAAUAACGUCUGUCGCCUUCAACCAGACUGAGACGUCCGUACUUGCGUCUACCGGCAUUGACCGCUCCAUUAUCCUAUAUGACCUGCGCACAUCUUCGCCUUUGUCUAAGCUCGUUCUGAAACUAGCAUCUAACGCCGUCUCUUGGAACCCAAUGGAAGCCUUCAACUUUGCUGUUGCAAAUGAAGACCACAAUGUUUACAUGUUCGACAUGAGAAAGAUGAACCGUGCCCUGAACGUUCUAAAGGACCAUGUUGCUGCGGUUAUGGAUGUGGACUUCAGCCCAACAGGCGAGGAGCUCGUUACCGCAUCAUAUGACCGGACGAUCCGUCUUUGGAACCGGGCUACUGGUCACUCUCGCGAUAUCUAUCACACGCAGAGAAUGCAACGCGUCUUUUCCGCCAAGUUUACUCCUGAUAACAAAUACGUCCUAUCCGGUUCAGACGAUGGGAACAUUCGAUUAUGGCGUGCCAAUGCCUCUGACCGCAGUGGAAUCAAGAGCGCCCGCCAGAGGACGAAGCUAGAGUACGAUCAAGCUCUUGUCCAGAGGUAUGCGCAUAUGCCGGAGAUCAAACGGAUCAAACGCCAGCGUCACGUGCCGCGGACUAUUAAGAAGGCUCGUGAGAUCAAGAAUGAAGAGCUUGCGGCUAUCAAGAGGCGCGAGGAGAAUAUUCGCAAGCAUGCUAAGAAGAGUACUUUGCGCGCUAGACAGAGCGAGCGUGAGAAGAUGAUUCUGGCUCAGGAGAAAUAG